AUGGCCAGAUUCGUCGAGGUGAAGGCAGACACCCGUGAAAUGGGACAGAUUACAAGCGCCAGUCGCCUGCGCUCGCCCGAAACCCUUCAACAACUCUGUCAAACAUUGAACUUUCUUUCUUUCUUUCUUUCUUUCUUUCUUUCUUUUUCUUUUUCAUUCACCUUCUUCUUGACUUCUUUAUUUCUGUUAUUCAACCAAUCGCACGCAGUUUUUCACAAUCGCUUGGCGCAAUCAGUCUAUCUUUGUUCUCCCUCUUUCCGAUACACUUCUAUCUUCGAUUUAUUGCUCGUCACUAAACCGACCGCUUCACGCUCUUCCCCUGUCUUCUCGCCGACCUCGCGUCAAUUCUGGGAGUCCAAUUCAAAACACGCUCAUUCUCACAAUCGCAAGAUACGAAUUAUCUUCUCUUCUAUUUAUCCGUUACCUUCGACCCGAUUCUUCGCGGUAUCACAUCUUCUCUUGUCAUUCCCUUUUCUACCCCGUUAUGUGCACCCUAUCAGGCUAAAGGUCGCUGCUUGCUGUCUAUAUAACAUCGGAUAUGUACGGGUCUUGUCGGUCAGAUUCAGUCAAAUCACUCAAGCAAGAAUCACUCACGAUCGCCUGUCUGUUUAG